AUGGUGGUGGUGCUGUUGCUGCUGCUGUUACUGCGAAAUGUGGUAUGGAAAGCAAAUAGUUUUAAGUGCACCAGAAAUAAGCCUACAUAUAUUCCACAUGAAUGGUACCAGUCAGGUGAUCUCCUUAUUGGUGGAAUAACAUCUCACAUCCAAUACUUACCCCCUAAAAUUUCAUUCAGAAGACAUCCUUCAAGGGAGAAGAUUCAGAUUCCAGUGAUAGUGACAAGGUCCUACCAGCAUAUCCUGGCUUUUGUGUUUGCCAUAGACGAGAUCAAUGACAAUCCCCAGAUCCUGCACAAUAUCACUCUGGGGUUUCAUAUCUAUGACAGCUACACUGAUUCAAAGAUGACCUAUCGUGCCACUUUAGACUUUCUCUUCAACUCCCAUCAGUUUCUCCCCAACUACAAAUGUGGCAUUCAGAAAAAUCUAAUAGGAGUCAUCGGGGGACUUAGCUCGGAUAUCUCCUCACGCAUCUCAGACAUCUUGGGUCUUUACGAGGUUCCACAGAUUUCAUAUGGCUCAUUUAAGUCUGCAGUGAAAGAUCAAACCAAUUCCCAUUCCUUUUACCACAUUGUCCCCAAUGAAGACCUGCAGUACCAGGGACUUGUCCAGUUACUAAUGCAUUUCAGGUGGAAAUGGGUCGGACUUAUUGCUGCAGCUGAUGAAGGUGGAGAUCACUUCUUGGAGACCAUGGAACCUCUGCUUUUGCAGAAUGGAGUCUGUUUGGCAUUCACAGAAAGGUUUGAAAACAAUGUGUAUAUAUAUGAUCUAAAUCAAAUGGCCAUUGACAAAUUGAAGGUUUUGGAAACUAUCAUGGAGAGCAAAGCCAAGGCAGCUGUAAUACAUGGAGAAUCUGAAGCCAUUUUAGGGUUGGAAUGUUUACUAUGUGUAAGCAGCUUGUUUCCUCUUAUAUUUCCUGAGUAUAAGGGAAGGUUCUCUGCAGCAAAAGUGUGGAUAACAACAGCCCAAAUCGAUUUCACAUUAAGUACCUUUGCAAAAGUUGGUGGACUUGAUAUACAAAUGUUCCAUGGUGCCCUUUCCUUUACAAUUCCAUCAAAGGAGCCUCAAGGCUUCCAUGAAUUUCUUCAGCUUGUAAAUCCUUCCUGGGAAAAAGAAGAUGGUUUUGUUCAGGAUUUCUGGGAACAAGCAUUUGGUUGUUCACUUUCAGACUCAAUUGUGAGAUUCAUAGGUGGACCAUGUACAGGAGACGAGAUGUUGGAGAGCCUUCCAACAUCCCUUUUCGACAUGAGCAUAAGCGGCCACAGCUACAGUAUCUAUAAUGCUGUCUACACUGUGGCACUUGCCUUAAACACCUUCUACUCAGCUAGAGUCAACCACAGAACAAUGGAGAGCAGAGACAGAUUGUCUCUUCAAAACGUAGAACCCUGGCAGCUCCAUUCAUUGAUUCAGACAAUCUCAUUCAACAACAGUGCUGGAGAUGAAAUUUCAUUUAAUCAACAUGGAGUAUUUGAAGGUGGGUUUGAUAUUACCAACUUGGACACUUUCCCAAAUAACUCCUAUGUCAUGGUCAAAGUAGGAAGGAUCAAUCAUCUUCCAGUCAAUGGAUUUGCCAUUAAUGAGGAGAGAAUCAAUUGGCACAAAGGCCUGACUCAGGUGCCACCUCUUUCUCUUUGUAAUGAAAAUUGCCAUCCAGGUUACAGCAAAACAAAGAAGGAGGGGAAGACAUUUUGCUGCUAUGAUUGUGCUCCGUGUCCAGAUGGCAUGUUCUCAGAUGAGAAUGACAUGGAGACUUGUGCCAAUUGUCCGGAAAGUCACUACCCAAAUGAAUUCCGGGAUCAAUGCAUUCCUAAGAUUCCAAACUUCCUAGAUUUUGAAGACAUUUUGGCCAUUGCUUCAAUUUGUUCAGUACUUUUGUUGUCUCUCAUCACAGCUCUUGUGCUUGGCACCUUCAUUAGACACAGGGACACUGCCAUAGUCAAAGCAAACAACUGUACCCUCACCUACAUUCUCCUCAUCUCCCUCCUCUUGUGUUUCCUCUGUACCUUCCUGUUCAUGGGGAAGCCUAAGAAGGUCACCUGCCUUCUUCGACAAACUGCUUUUGGUAUCGUCUUCUCUGUGUCCCUCUCAACCAUCUUGGCCAAAACGAUAUCUGUGGUUCUGGCCUUCAUGGCUACCAAACCAGGAUCCCAGAUGAGGAAAUGGGUGGGGAAAAGACUGGCAUAUUCCAUUGUCCUCUCAUGCUCCAUUAUUCAAGCUGUGCUCUGUGCUCUGUGGCUGGCAACUUCUCCACCCUUUCCAGAUGUAGACAUGACCUCCAUGACUGAAGAAAUUAUACUAUUAUGUAAUGAAGGUUCAGUCCUCAUGUUCUCUUGUAUCAUGGGAUACAUGGGCCUCUUGGCCACUGUCAGCUUUACAGUGGCCUUCCUGGCCAAGAAGUUGCCUGACAGUUUUAAUGAAGCCAAGUUCAUCACCUUCAGCAUGUUAGUCUUUUGCAGUGUAUGGAUGUCCUUUGUUCCAACUUAUCUCAGUACAAGAGGGAAGUACAUGGUGGCUGUGGAGAUCUUCUCUAUCUUGGCCUCUGGUGCUGGGUUACUCUGCUGCAUCUUUUUCCCCAAAUGCUACAUUAUUGUGGUGAGGCCUGAGCUGAACAACAGAGAGGAGCUAAUGCGAAGAAAGAGAUAA